AUGGGGAAAAUACUGGCACCCCUAGCGGCCUUCAACGUGGACGAGGCCGGGGCCUGGGUCACACCUGCGGGAGCACCUUUCGUGCUGGGGGCACUUCUGCACCAUGACCCCAGCACCAACCAGACCUGGCUCCUGGUCACCAGCCCGAGAACCAGCAAGCCAUCAUGGCCCCUGCACCGGUGUUCUCUCGUCCAGAAUGAAAUCCAGUGCCGGCCCGUGGAGCAUGUCCCCAUGUCCAAGGGGAGGCACCUGGGAGUGACAGUGGUCCGGAACCACCAUGGUGUUUUGAUAUGCACCCAAGUGCAGUCCAGGCAGCCCCACAGCCUCAGCUCAGAGCUCACAGGCAACUGCACCUUGCUGGCCCCUGACCUGCGUCCCCGAACCCAGGCCUCCUUCCUUGAUCUUGAGAAUCACCUGGAUCCACAUGGACGUGUGGAUGCUGGAGACUGCUAUCGAAACAAAGAAGGCGGCAUGGGGGAGGAUGAGAGCACAGCCAGGUGGCGCCGGGCUCUGGAGAAGGCGGAGGAGGAGGAGGAAGAGGAAGAAGAGGCUGGCACCGAGAUUGCUAUCGUCCUAGAUGGUUCAGGAAGCAUUGACCCCCCAGACUUCCAGAGAGCCAAAGACUUCAUUGCCAACAUGAUGACGAACUUCAGUGAGAAGUGUUUUGAGUGCAGCUUUGCCCUGGUGCAAUAUGGGCGGGUCAUCCAGACCGAGUUCAACCUUCAGGACAGCCAGAAUAUGACAGCCUCCCUCGCCAAGGUCCAGAACAUCACUCAAGUGAGGAACGUCACCAGGACUGCCUCGGCCAUUCAGCACGUGCUAGACGACAUCUUCACGCCGAGGCACGGCUCCAGAAAAAAGGCCUCGAAGGUCAUCGUGGUGCUCACCGACGGGGACACAUUUGAGGACCCCCUCAACCUCACGGCUGUCAUCAACUCACCCAAGAUGCGGGGCAUUGAGCGUUUUGCCAUCGGGGUGGGAGAUGCGUUUAAGAAACCUCAGACUGAACUGGAGCUGAAGCUGAUCGCCUCGGACCCUGAUGAGACCCACGCCUUCAAGGUGACCAACUACUCGGCGCUGGACGGGCUCCUGAGCAGGCUACAGCAGAGCAUCAUCCGCACGGAAGGCGCAGUCGGAGAGGCCCUCCACUUCCAGCUGGCACAGAUUGGCUUCAGUGCCCAGAUCCUGGACGAGGACCAGGUGCUGCUUGGCGCUGUCGGGGCCUUUGACUGGUCCGGGGGCGCCCUGCUCUACCACGUGCGCAGCCGCCAGGGCCGCUUCCUCAACCACACUGCGGCCGAUGCUGAGGCUGCGCAGUACGGCUACCUGGGUUACUCAGUGGCCGUGCUGCACAAGGCCUGUGGCCUCACCUACGUGGCAGGGGCUCCACGGCACAAGCAGCGAGGGGCAGUGUUUGAGCUCCAGAAGGAGGGUACACGGACCGCUUUCGCGCAGGUGCUGGAAGGAGAGCAGAUGGGGUCCUAUUUUGGCUCUGAGCUGUGCCCCGUGGAUAUCGACAUGGAUGGGACCACCAACUUCUUGCUGGUGGCUGCUCCGUUUUACCACGUCCACAAAGAGGAAGGCAGAGUCUACGUGUACCAGCUGCAUGAGCAGUCUGGUUCCUUCUCCUUGGCACACACACUGAGCGGGUCCCCAGGGCUCACUGAUGCCCGCUUCGGCUUCGCCGUGGCGGCUGUGGGGGACAUCAGUCAGGACGGGUUCACAGAUGUGGCUGUCGGGGCCCCCCUGGAGGGUGUCGGGGCAGACGAUGGUGCCAGCUUCGGCAGCGUGUACAUCUACAACGGACACCGGGACGGUUUCUCCGCCAGCCCCUCACAGCGGAUCAAGGCCUCAGCCGUGGCCAUAGGACUCCGUUACUUCGGUGUGUCUGUGGCUGGCGGCUCAGAUUUCAGUGGCGAUGGCCUUGCCGACAUCACCGUGGGCACGCUGGGCCGAGCAGUUGUGCUCCGCUCCCGGCCCGUGGUUCGUCUGAAUGUGUCCAUGACCUUCAAACCCUGCCCACUGCCCAUUGGCUUCAACGGCAUCACAAUAGCACAUUUGUGUUUUCAAAACAGCUCUGAGUCAGGCCUUGGAGAGACAGCCCUCAACUUCACGCUGGACGUGGACGUGCUGAAACCCAGGAGAAGGCUGCAGUGCCUAAACACGAGUCCCUGUCUCGGCCAGCGGAGGGAGUGGGCCAGUGGCUUCUCUAUGUGUGAGCGCUUUGAGCUCGCCCCCGCGGAGGCACAGCUCUGUGAGGAGGACUGCUUUUCCAACAUCACCGUCAAGGUCAGCUACCAUCUGCAGACCCAGGAGGGACGGUGGGACCGCCCCCAGCCCAUCCUGGACAAGUACACGGAGCCCACCGCCAUCUUCCAGCUGCCCUACGAGAAGGCCUGCAAGAAUCAGCUGUUCUGUGUCGCGGAUCUACACGUGGCCACCGCCAUUUCUCCGGAUGAACUGGUGGUAGGUCUCACAAAGGAGCUGACCAUGAACAUCAGCCUGACUAACUCUGGGGAGGAUUCCUUCAUGACCAGCCUGGCUCUGAGUUAUCCCCGAAACUUACACUUCAAGAGGAUGCAAAAGCCUCCCUCUCCAGACAUUCAGUGUGAUGACCCUAAGCCAGUUGCUUCUGACCUGAUUAUGAAGUGCAAGAUCGGUCACCCCGUAUUCAAGAGGUCAUCUGCAAAUGUUUUGGUAGUUUGGCAGCUAGAGGAAAGUGCUUUUCCAAACAGGACAGCAAACAUCACCGUGAACGUCACCAAUUCCAAUGAAAGAAGACCUCCAGAGACCCACAGCCUUCAAGUCAAGCAUGCCUUUGUUGCAGCUCUUUCCAAACCGUCAGUGAUGUAUGUGAACACGAGCAGGGGGCUUUCUGACCACAAAGAAUUCCUCUUCAACAUACGUGGGGAGAAUCUCUUUGGAGCCGAAUUUCAGCUGCAGAUUUGUGUCCCAAUCAAAUUGCAAGGUCUCCAGAUUGUAACAGUGAAGGCCCUGACAAAGACUCAGGCCCUCACGGUGUGCACCCAGAGUCCGCAGAGCGCUUGUGGGAGCGAUCGGCUUCAGCGUGUGGAAGAGUGGUAUUCCGUGAGCUGCGCCGUCAGGUCGGCCAGAGAGAACGUGACCGUGGCUGCCGAGCUCGCCCUGGGUCCGGCUGCGCAGUUACUAAGAGAUGUCCGUGAACUGCAGGUCUUCGGGGAAAUUGUUUUCGACAAAACUCUCUAUGUGGGGCUGAACCCAGAGAACCACAGAACCAAGAUCACCGUCGUCUUCCUGCAAGAUGAGUGGAACAACUCCCUGCCGCUCAUCCUUGGCAGCAGUGUUGGUGGCCUGCUGGUUUUGGUCCUGAUUAUCGUCAUCCUGUUCAAGUGUGGCUUUUUUAAUAGGAAAUACCAGCAACUGAACUUGGAGAGCAUAAGGAGGGCCCAGCUGAGAGCCGAGAGCCUGCUCCUGGAAGACAGUUAGGACCUGCGCUCGCGUCCGCUGGAAGAGGCUGUCGGCCGGUCCUGGAGCUCCGAGAGGCUCGGUGUCGUGGGGGCUGCUUCUUCCCGUGGCACGAUCUAGAGCAGAUCAGACAGAUUGUAGGAGAUUGUUCUUCAGCCAGACGCUGCCCCUAAAGUAUCUGCGCGUUAUGUGAAAGUAAGAAAAACUCGGGAGGCAUUUGGUAUUAAAUAAAGUUAAACUGUUUUCUUGACAGUAGCACAGCUAAUGUGCAAAUACGUUCUUUAUGAUAUGCAGUAAAUUUUGGUAUUUGAUACGGCAGAUUUUCACUUUCAUUUUUGAAAAAUUAUUGAUUAUUCUUCACAUUAGCCUUUCAGAUUUCCAAAAGAAGCCCCUUGGGGUUGACUUUAAACGAAGGUCAGGUAGGGGGCAUCACCCCAGGGUCUUCUUCCUGCUCAGAAAGAGGAUGUGUUUCCACUUGCUGAGGGUUUUAGAUUCUGAUUCAGUGGGUCUAAGAUCAAGCCAAGAAUUCUGCAUUUUUAUCUUUUUAAAUUAUUUUCAUGGCAAGAGAUAGAGAGAGAUGGUCUAUCUUCUAGUUCACUCCCCAAAUGCCUACAGCAGCCAUGCCUGAGCCAGGCCGAACCCAGACACCUGGAACUCAGUCUGGCAUCCCACGUGAGUGGCAGGGACCCAAACACUUCAGUCAUCACCUGCUGCCUCCCAGGGUGCUCAUUAGCAGGAAGCUGGAUCAAAGCAGCGUAGCAGGGGCUGGCCUUGUGGCACAAUCGGUUAAACCACUGCUUGCUACACAGGCAUCCCAUACUGGGAGCACUGAACUCCCCCCCCCCCCUCUUUCAAAUAAAUAAAUAAAAAAUAAAAGCAUACAAAUCUAAACAAAAACAGUGGAGUAUUUGGACUUGAACUGGACAUUCUGAUGUGGAAUGCAAGCGUCCCGAAUGUCCCCAGCUUGCUGACAUUUUAAAAAACAUUGCACUGCAAAGUUUAUCAUUGUCUUCAAAGAGGUCUUAAUGUACAAGGACUUUUUAUUCCCAUCUGUACUGUGCUUUUUGUUGCUACUCUGGAAAAUAUCUUUUGUUUCCCUGUUUAAUUUGUACUUAGAGUGGUUGGUUGACUUGAAUAUUUGUCUUAAUUGGCCAUCUUACCGAACUCUUUGUUUUGUUUGAAUUUUUAAAAAGUUUGAUUCACUUUUUUUUUGAAAGGCAGAGAGACAGGGAAAGAGAAAGAGAGAAAAGUACAGAAAUUCUGCCUACUGGUUGUCUCCC